AUGCCCACCUCUGCGGCGACUGAUCCAGGAUCUGGCCCUCCUCCGGGCGGCGCGGCCCGCGGCGGCGCCCGAUCGGCAGCGGAGACGGCGGCCAGCGAGCUGGUGGACUACCAGGAGCUGCGCCUGCACGACACCGAGGCCCUGGGCAGCGCGUUCGAGCCGCGCUUCGCGACGGUUGCCCUCACGCAGGACCUGGUAGGCUCGGUGCUGCCAGGCGAUCGCGCAGUGGUCGUAGGAGUGGUGCGCUCGCGGUGGCGGCCCCCAGUGGCCGGCAGGCAGAUAGAGAUGCAGCUAGUGAUCGAGGCGAGCAGCGUGAGGCGGCUGAGCAGCGAGGAGCUGCAGCGGCCGCCUGACGCGGCUGCAGGAUUCGAGGGGUUCUGGGCAGCGCACCGACAGGACGAGUUCGAAGGCAGGCAGCGCCUCGUCGAGGCGGCCGCUCCGGGGAUCUCCGGCGCCGAGGCGGCGAAGCUGGCGCUUCUGCUGGCCGUGGUGGGCGGCGCCCCCGCUGCACCCAGCACCCGGGGCGAAGGCUGCCCGGCGGCCUGCCCCGCCGACGGGGCGCGCUGGGAGCGCUUCCUGCGGGAGGGCGCGCCGGAGGAAGGCUGGGCGGCCACUCCGGGUGCGGGCGGGCGACUGUCGUCCCACGUGCUGCUGAUGGGAGACCCGUCGACGGGGAAGACGCAGCUGCUGGAGGCCGCCCGCCGGCUCUGCCCAGGGGCGGUCCGCGUCAGCGCCGCGGGCGCCUCGCGCGCGGGGCUCACGUGCGCGGUGGUCCGCGACGGGCCUGUGCCCGCGCUGGAGCCGGGCGCGCUGGUGCUCGCAGACGGCGGCCUGUGCUGCAUCGAUGACCUCACGCUGCUGGAGAAGGAGGAGCUGGCGGCUCUGCACGAGGCGAUGGAGCAGCAGACGAUCUCGGUGGCGAGCCGCGGACUCGUGUGCCAGCUCCGCGCCCGGUGCAGCGUGGUCGCGGCGCAGGGGUGGCCCGCGAGGGGGGCCCAGGUGUCCAGCUUGCCUGCGCCGCUGCUGAGCCGUUUCGAUCUCGUGCUGGCGCUGCGGGCGGGAGCCCCCGGCGAACAGGACGACAUGGUGGCGGACGCCAUCCUUGACGCCGACGGCACUAGCGGCGGGCGCGGCCGCCGCGCUUCUCGGGGCGCGCCGCUGGACGAGCACAGCCUCCGCGACGUCCUCGCGAGCGCCAGGGCCUGGCAGCUCGCCCCGGCUGCCGAGCCGCAGGCCGAGGAGCUGCUCGUCCGCUACUACUCGCUGCUGCGCCAGCGCAGCGAGCGGGCCACUUGCGGUGAGCCCACCACCGCGCGCGCCCUGGAAGGGCUCCUGCGGUUGUCCCGGGCGCACGCGAAGCUCCUCCGCCACCCCUGCGUGCAGGUGGAGGACGCGGUCGCCGCGGUCUUCCUGCACCAGCUCGCGGCGCGGAGCCGCGCGGCGCCCGGCGCCGAGCACGUGCUCUCCCCCGAGCUCCUGGGCCCCGGCUCGCCAGCACACCUGCGCACCCUCGGGCUCUCCGCGGACCUGGGCUGCCGGGCGGACUACGAGGCUGCGGAGGGGGCGGUGCUGUGGGCGCUCGGCAUGCGCAGGGCGCGGCGCGCUGCGGAGGCGCCCCCCCCGCGGGCGGCGCCGACCCCGCCGCGCGAG